AUGAGUUUCAACAUCUCGGCCUCGCUCAAUGUCUCGCGGCUCCUGCUCAAGCCUAGCCUGUGUCUUCCUCACUACUCCGUAUCCACCUUUAACGACCUGCCCAUCCCCCUGGACCGGGGCUUGCAGAAAAACGGGCACAAAGCCAGCGUCAAGGCGGUUGUCCUCGACAAGGACGACUGCUUUGCCUAUCCCGACGCAAAGGAGGUCUACGGACCAUACAAACAACACUUUGAGGAGCUCAAAAAGGCCUAUCCGGGCCGGCGCCUGCUCGUCGUGUCCAAUACCGCAGGCGCUUCCAGCUGGGACCAUGAGCUGAAGCAGGCGGCAGAGGUAGAGAAGAACACUGGAGUCGUCGUUCUCCCGCACUCGGCCAAGAAGCCGGGCUGCGGCUCUGAAAUCAUGGCCUACUUCAGGCAGCAUCCCGAGACGGGCGUAACUGAUCCUUCCCACGUGGCCGUAGUGGGCGACCGUCUGAUGACGGAUGUCAUGCUGGCCAAUAUGAUGGGCGCAUGGGGGUUCUGGGUCAGAGACGGCGUGGUGCCCCUGAGGCAAAAGAGCCUCUUUUCCAGGAUGGAGCGGAACCUGGCCAACUUCCUGGUUUCCCGCGGAGUGCAGGCUCCAGUGCCUCAAACGCCCUCCAAGGCAUGA